AUGGUUUCGCGUAUUUUUGCGACCAUUCCACAGCUGCGUGGUUAUCGCCUCAUAAAGAUUGGUUUCCGCGGACACCAUCUGUACAUUUCACCGCGGCGCUCGGAUCGCAUCCAGAUUUGGUCGUUACAUUCGUUUAUUCCCAAUUCAUGGGCCGUUUUGCUCAAUUAUCCGCUUAUCCAAUUACUCUAUUCAUUCUAUGCGGUUUCACCCAGUGAACCAUACAUCUAUGCCUUAGUGGUCGCUCUCUUCGACUGUGAUGUUCCUCGCAUAUCGAUUCUACGUGUACACUUGGAUACGGGUGCGUGUGAUGUAUUCAAUCUGGAUGAAGCAUCUGGUGAAGAAUUCGAGAAUAGUGUUUAUUUCGAAAAUGUGGUACUUGGAUGUGGGCAGAGGCAACUUUACAUGUACGAGCGGAGUGUUGUAAUGGGACCAAUCCCGUUCUGGAAAAUUAUACUGCUUGAGGUUUGCUCUGUUUCAUAUCUGUUCCUCGAAAAUACUUCGUAUUUGUGA